AUGCAACUUGCUUCAACCGGAAUAAGUUUAACUCUAUUAAACUUAACAAUUUUUAUCUCCCUUAUAAAAACAAGUAUAACGACAAAUGUAAUUAAAGUAGCUCAUUUACAGCCUAAUAAUCCAAAUAUAAUAAAUGAGGUGAUUACAAUGGAAUCCUGUAAUCGUCUAAGUGGAGUAGAGCACGCCGCUUUCCUUCAUUAUAUGCGAAAUGCUAGUGUUUACUUCGGUCCUGGAUGCAAUAAUGAAAUGCUUGUGAUUGGACGUCUAGCUUCUCGUUGGAAUGGUAAAUUGUUGAAAAAUUAA